AAUGAAUCAGUAAAAGCCUUUCUGAAAACCGAAGUGUUGAAGCCGGACGUUUAAGCUUUCUGUUCUCAUCGACAGGAAAUGGCCUGUGCGCAGCCUAAAGCAGUUAUGUUUGAGCUGAGUUGCGCUAUCUGUUUAGAACAAUUUAAAGAACCAAAAGUGUUACCAUGCCUGCACACUUACUGUAAAGAGUGCCUUGUGAAACUAGUGAAGAGGAAGGGGCCUGAUCAUAUCAUAACCUGCCCAGAGUGCCGCCACGAUGUAAUAAUUACUGACGGAGAUGUUGGCAAGCUGCAGCCAAAUUUUUGGAUGAACAAUUUCAUGACCUUGCUAAGCAUGCAGGACAGCAACAUGUCUUCGUCCAAAAAGCCGCAGGCGUGUGAGCAUUGCGACACUGAGGACCCAGCUGUGUCCCGCUGUACUAACUGCUGUGUUUUCAUGUGCGAGUUUUGUGUCACUGCUCAUAAAAGGAUCAAUGCAUUCAAGGGUCACAAGAUCUUAUCCCUGGAGGAAGUCAAAAGAGUUGGCUCAAAGGCCCUUGUCAAGCCAGCAUUCUGUGAAAAGCAUGGUGGGGAGUUAGUCAAGCUCUUUUGUCAAACGUGCCAAGAAACAAUCUGCCGAGACUGCACUAUUGUUGAUCACCGAGAACAUAAGUACGACUUUGUGGCUGAUAUUGCUGAAAAGGAAAGACGUUCUGUGCGCGCUAUUCUUGAGAAAUGUACAACUAAAGAAAGGGCGGUUGCUGAGGGUCUGAAAGCGGUACAGAACAUGAAAAGCUGUGUCUUAACUAAAGUCUCAGAGGUAAACAAACAGGUGGACUAUUUUAUUGAUGAGCAAGUGAGGGUAUUGGAAGAACAACGUGCACACCUGAAGCAUGAAGCUUUAACACAAGGCCAAGUUAAAGUAAAGCAGCUCGACAGUCAGGCAGACGAUCUUUCCUCCCUUUUGGCCCAGUUGAGAAGUGGCAUUGAUUUCACCGGUCAGGCAAUAGUGGAUGGAGAUGACGUAAAGCUCUUAUCCCUGAAGACACAACUUGUCCAGCGACUUUCUCGGCUUAUUUCGUCACAAGACCAGUUGAAACCCUGUCAGAAUGAUUAUAUGAAGCUUCAAGUGAAAAGAUCGAUUAGGGAUGAGGGUGAAUUAGCACAAAUGAUUUACAAACAGUGUGACCCCCAGAGCUGCACCAUUAGCAUGGGAGGGAGACAAGAAGGAGUGAUAUAUCCGACCACAAUGAAUGAAAACGUGUAUUUCACAGUUAUCAUCAAGGAUGAAAGCGGUUGUAGAGUUACAGAAGGUGGGCACAAAGUGAGCAUUGAGGUUCAAUUAAGGAACAAUUUACGACGAGUCCACCUAGACGAACGCAAUUGGGGAAAAAGAGCAAUCGGCAAUCGGCAACUUGGCAAUCGGUUGGCAAACACUUGGGUAGCACUUGCAGUGCAAGAUAAUGGUGAUGGGUCAUAUACUUUCUCCUAUUGCCUAAUGCAACCCGGAUUUUGUAGUUUGUCAGUGAAGGUUGAGGGUAAACCCAUAAAUAGAAGUCCAUUUAAGUGGCAAGUCAACCAGGCCCAGGCGUAUUAUCGGAGAUACGUUCAAGAAAUGUAGGAUUUAUACAAAACAUUAGGGCAAAUAGGAAUCAAGCUAAAUGAUUAUUUGAAACAAUCAGAAACCCACGUUUUCUAAUUGCUUGGUGGGUUACAAAAGCUCUGUUUAGAGUUCUAUUGCCACCCUGUGUCAUCAUCUGGGAAGACGGCUUGUUUUUUUUUUUUUAAAUCGAGGGUGGAGUAUCCGUCACUUCCUACAUAGAAACAUUGGUAGAGGCAACUAGUGGCAGAAGGGCAAUACGAGAUAUAGUUGACAAUUUUUGCAAGAGCAAUUACUAUAUAACAGAAAUUUUAUGAGCUAUUCUUAAAGAGAAAGGUGGUUUAAAUCAUUAAAUGAGUAAGUUUAAGUUUACAAUACAUGUUAAAAACAAUAUUUCAAUAGAUGGCUGGGGGAGCCUCCAGAUAUCAUGGGGUUACACGAGGGAGGCCUCCUUAGAAAAAAGAAGAAAAAAACAUGUCUAUGUAAGCGAUACGCGUUCGUUGGGAACAUUUCUUUCGCCAAACCACCAAUCUUAAUAAUCAUUACAUCUAUCAAUUGAGUAAAAAUCUUCGAAGACGUCAUUUAAAAGAAGCAAAAGUUUCAGAAUGCCUUAUAUCAUUGGUUCUUGAA